AUGGUUCCGUCUAGGUCGGACAGUGAUGUUUUCAAGUUGCUAGAACAUGUAUCUUCCGUCACAAAAAACUUCCUUAAAAGCUCCCAGUUAGUAAUCCUAAGUGAUAACCCGUUCGACAGGGAUACUUAUCUUCUCGAAAUCACACCAGCGCUGGCGGACCAAUUACUCUAUUCAACUGAAUUCGCUGCGAAUAUCAAAUCAGAAAACAGUAGUCACGGUGAUAGUCCUGCGUUCUUGUGCACCGCUACGACAACACAGCGUUUCCUGGAAGCGGAGACAUCAAAUUCUCUGCUUUUGGUGCCUGAUUUGAAAAUACCGACAAUUCCACUGGACAGGUUUUGGACGGUGGAUGAAUCAAGGGUCACUAGAUGCACUGUAGCUUCGAUUAAAACGGUGUACCUCGAACUGUUGACCAUCCGAGCACCAAGUCUUCGUAAAUUAAAACAAUAUCUUCUACCUGCAGCCUUCUCCAAUCAUAUCGAAGAAGAUGAUGCGCAAAUUGGCGAGUUGGCCAAGUUCUCUACAUUUGAGGAACUCUGCAUAUCGAUCCCAUGUAGCGAAGCUGAACUGCUAUAUGCUAUGGACAGACUUAACGUCUUCCCAUGGGAAGGCUGUUGUCGUUUGUUUCAGUUGGAUUACCUUAGUCGUGCAAUUUUUGACAUGGCUGAUGAGCUAUCAUUGAACUGGUCACAAACGGGUUUUUCUAACCCUCAAGAUGUGAUAACUCGACUGGAAGAUCUCUAUCCUUCAUCCGUUCUCCAUCAGGUAUUCCAGCGCUUUUUCUAUCGUAAGAGGUGUGCAGAGAACAGGGCGAUUUUUCCACGACGCGGGAAAAUUUGUCGUCUCAUUGGCGAGAGCAUACUGUCAAUCACAGGGAAGAUAGCCUUCAGCGACUUUGUAUCAGUUUGGUGUGCCACCGUACCCCACGGCCUGCAGCCACGUUUACAUCGGCACCUCACCUGCACUGGUCGUGCUUACUGCGAGGUCUCCUCCCUCACCCAACAGAGGAGUAUCACUUACCUACCAAGUGAAGAUCUCCCUGAUGACUCUGUGGAAGCACGCUUGACGGCGCUCUUCGCUCGUCAGUCGAUGUGGCCUGAAUCCCAGCUUGCUGGUUAUGUUGCCGAUCUGGUUGUCGAUGCUUCCGUUAAUAAACUCAAUUGUGUGCAUCUGAAUUUAGCCACUGAGAGCGAAGUUCUCGUUCUCUCUGACUCGGAAGAUGAGGAUGAGAAGACGGUGCCGUUGGACGAGUUGGAGGAUCCGGAAAAACUUGCUCUCGAUGAUCCCCUUCCUGUUCCUGCUGUCUUAGGCACACUACUCAAUCAGCACUGUCGCAUAAGCAUUUCUGCUGAUGGCGGACGUUGUUAUACCGAGAAAUAUCCUCGACGAUAA